GUAUCCGUCUCAGAUUCGUUUGUGAACUGUCUGUUGAAUACGUCAGGCGAAUACACGACAGUAGAACCCAAGAAAACUUUGUCAACUUCCCACGCUCUACCUUCACCCAUGCUUUCAUGUCCCCCGUGUCCCCCAUUGUUAAUGCAGCACAAUGCCUAUCCUCGUCAUCACGGACAUCAUGUGUCGUGUAGGUCCGAUCGUCCACGACCGCUGCCAGACGGCGGCGCCGAACGAAGGAGUUCUUCCCCGGGUUGGCGAGCCUGACGGGCAUGGCAUGCGGAAGGUGGACAUCCCAGCACUAGCGCCUCUGGGAAAUUACUUUCUUGGCGCCGAUCAGGUUUCGGAGCCCGUACCGCAGGAGAAAUGCACUCAACGCAAUGUGUACAAUCUCCUGCGCGAUGCGCAAACUUCUCCUCCGGUUCAACGGUUGGACUUCGGUCAGCUUCUCAGCGUUUCAGCAUGGCAGGAUAGAGAAGAAGGGACCACCGCCGUGGACUUCGUGCUGCUUGCUCGGGCCCGUUUGCGGAACCUGCGCCGCCGAAGCCACCACUCCAUGGACCUCUUUGAGGUAGUGGCUGUUCUGAACGUGCGCCUCACCAAGCUCGUGGCUUUCAUCAGCGAAGGACAAGACAAGGAGGUCCCGCCAGCAGUACUUGUCGAGGAAGAGCAGAUGGCCCCGGGCUCGGUGCUGCCGACGUUAUCGUCGCAGAGCGUGUUCUCCACACGCGUUCUCGCGGUGGCGACUGGGUCCACCACCGGCAAGGCUCCGGAAGUCCCUGCCUUCUCUCAGCAUCUUUGCGAACCUGUGGCUGGCCAGAAUGAUCUUCGACCUGCGGCGCUCGAUCACCUGGUUUUGGCCUACGCCCGGGCCAAGGAGGAGUUCAUCGCGAUUGGACUUCAACCCGCCAACCAGUGCGCAAAGAAGAGGGCAGCUUGCCGCCGCGGAGGAGAGAGGCGUCGGCACCACCAUGCUGCUCGGAAGCAUGGACUCAUGCUUGCCACCCAAGAGUCGCAGGACGUCACUGCGACGCCCAUUGAGGCAGUUGUCCCUGGGAGAGCCUCUGCCUGCGAGCCCGCUCAUCUCGACACGCAAUCUCGUCCCCGGGCUGAGCGAGAGCGUGGUGCAGCUAGACAUCCUCGGCAAAGGCGCGACGAGCAACGUCUUCCUGGCCGUCCACGCGGCCACCCUCAAGAUGGUCGCCCUCAAGGAGGUGACCGUAAGCAACGACGCGGACCGGUGGGCCGUCCGGACCGAGAUGCGCGCGCUCAAGACCCAGCGCUCCCCGCUCCUCAACUCGACCUUCACCACGAAGCUCGCGUCGUGCCCUAGGAUAGUCGACUACUACGGCAGCGUCGUGAGGGAGAACGGGAACGCCUGCAUAGCGGUGGAGUACGUGGCCGGCGGCAGCCUGGAGAACUGGCUGGAGAACAGCGGCGCGUCCGUGUGCCCGGAGCCGUGGUUCGCGCACAUCACUCACCAGGCCCUAGAGUCUGGCGACCUGUGGAUGCACACUCAAUAA